AUGAAUCCUCAAAUUGCCCGACGUUAUCCUUCGCAGCAGCUGGGCGCGACUCCUGGAUAUGGAAACUCUCCAUUCGAACCUCCCCCUCAGACUGGAAGAGCAGAUCGACCUGCGCCGUUACCAUAUCGAAAUUCUAGAAAUCUCAGUUCCUCCACACUUUCCCCUCUCCAUCGCCCCUACCCAAUCGAUAGCAAUGAAUAUCAAAGACCUCUAGCGGUUAGUCGCAGUAUAUCAGAUCAAGACUUUGGUGGAGAGCACAUGCUGAGGCGGAAAACUCCAAAUGGGACACUAGCCGCGGGGUAUGAUGGAACUCCUGUGCAGUGGUCUAGCAAGGCACCGGCUUUGAAGCACGUUGUACUUGAUGCUUCGGGAGGUUCAGCAUACUCAGAUGGGUCGAAUGGUAUGGCAGGAUCUGGAUGGAAUUUUGAUUCGCCAAAUAAUUUCAAUAAUCUUGAUCAGCGAGUAAAUAAUUUAUCGUCGCAGAAUUGGACACCAUUUACCCCUCUUCAAACCAAUUUUUAUAGUUCCCCGGGCCAUGUGUCACCUAUGCACCAGAUCCCUUCUUAUUUCUCACCGACUGGGUUCUCUGUUCCAACGGCGCGACAGCCGGCUUACCAACCUGGACCUGGCCCUACUGCAUCAAACGAUGGAGGUCUAUACGGUCCGUACUGGCCAGAUGGAAGUUACACUCCCUACCGGCCAGCGGCUUAUAGGGACCACACAUAUGGAGGUCAUGACUUCCAACAUGUAAAGCUUGGAUCGGAGUACUUUGGAGGGGUUCGCCCUUUACGGCAAUCCGAAUUCGACAAUGUUAACCCGCCACUUCAUAGAGAUUUAUCAUUUCCACGGAUGGAUGAUCACUCACAAUCAUAUGAUUCUAUGCAACAAAACCUGUAUCAAAUUGGUGGCAGCAGCAAUGCAGUUUUCUCCGAUCCUACGAGUACCUUGAUCCAACCACUGAGUAGGGCUGGAAAUGCCCAAUUUAAGGAAAAGACACUUUCCUGGGCGCACGCUAUCUAUGUAGAUCUGUUGGCUUAUUUGCAUCAGACGAAAAAGGAGAAUCGACAGAAUAGACUAUCUAAUGGCUCUAAACCCUAUGCCAAAAGUGUUAUAUACCCCAAACCACCAAGGCAGCCGAGCUCAACUUUCUCUUCGCCAGGGCCCUCUCAAGAUGGUACCCCUUUGAGAAGCCAUCGCCCAAGUCUCAGUCACCGUAAUUCUUAUGGCUUCACGGACCCAUCGGACGGGAGAUACUCGCGGUCUAUGAACCAAGUGAUGGGAGCAGGUCACUACGUGCCUUCUUUUCAACUGUCGCAGCACAGCAUAUCAUCUCCCACAUUUAACGCUCAAGAAGCACUGGAUCUUCUUGCUAGUCUUUGCGAGGAAAGUCACUGGACUUGGAUUGAUGGCAUGUUAUUAGGAGGGUGUCUUGCGUAUGGUUUAGAAGACUACAAUAGAGCGCGAGACUGGUAUGAGAAGAUAAUCGUUAUUGACCCAAGGCAUGUGGAAGCAAUUUCAAACCUGGCUGCAACACUUUUAUGCCUACAGAGACGCGAUGAAGCAGAGGCCAACUGGCGGAAAUCUGUCAACCUUCGUCCUAAUUAUUUUGAGGCUGUUGAACAUCUGAUCGGUCUUCUAUGUGGUGAUCAUCGCGGCCAGGAAGCGGUUGGUAUCAUUGAAUUUGUAGAGCGGUCUCUACGGAUUCCUAAAUCGGAUGAUCAUCAUGAUCAUUACAGCGAGACGUCGAGUAGUACUGACCGAGAGUUUCACGAUUUCGCGAGUACCACUUCUGAUCCAGUUGUUGACUACGACGAUAGGGACCGCCGUUCAAUUUUGAGUGAAAGGCUUGAAGAUAGUUCUGAAAAGGCUGGGUUUGGUUCAAGUGGAUUCGCAAUACCUGGAGCUGAAAAUGGUCGACUGCUAGCUCUCAUACAUGCUAAAGGUAAUAUGCUGUACGCUCUCGGCGAUGUCAGUGCAGCAUCUAAAGCUUUCGAGGAUGCCGUUGUCAUAAGUGCAGGGAAAGGAAUUGGCGGAAUUCAAGGACUCAUUCGCAGGAUAAUCCAUAGCCUGACCCUUGACUGUUUUCCUGGAAUGCGUACCGAUCCUGCCUCGACGCCAAACUCAGCACCCUUGCUAUUACCCCCUGAAAAGGCGUUGGAGUCAAAAUCACUUGUAUUUGCAAGAAACGGGGAACUCCCUGGUCUUCGAUAUAUUCCCGAAGGAUUAGCCCGAAAGGCUGCCAUAUCAACUACGAGUAAUUCUCUGUUGUCCUUAGCCAAGAUCUUCCAAGAUGCUAUGUCCAAUAAUACAUCACAGCGGAUUUCAAGAAUGCCUACAGGUGUCGGAGACAUCCUCGCAUUGUAUUAUUUAUCUUUAUCGUUGCAACCCAGUCCAUCAACAGCUAAUAAUGUUGGCAUCCUUCUGGCAAGCGUACAACAACCCGCAGCUCAUCGACCAAUUCCAUCUCGGGACACCGCAAACAAUACUACGAUACCUGGAGUCGUUGCUGGUAGCGGUGUCGCUUUAGCACUUGCUUACUAUAAUUAUGGGUUGCUAUUGGAUUCCAGACAUGCGCACCUCUACACCAACUUGGGGAGUCUACUCAAGGAUAUCGGUCAGCUUCCAGCUGCGAUUAAGAUGUACGAGCAAGCAGUGCAUUGGGAUGGAACAUUUGACAUUGCAUUGGCAAAUCUAGCAAAUGCUGUCAAAGAUCAAGGACGUACAAGCGAUGCGAUUGUGUACUACAAAAGAGCGGUAAAAGCAAGUCCCGAUUUUGCGGAAGCAGUUUGCGGUCUUUCCAACGCUUUGAAUUCAGUCUGUGACUGGAAAGGAAGGGGGGGCGUUAUCUUUGAUGGCGGUAAACGAGAUCGUUGGCAUGUAGACGAUGAUGGAAUGAUAUCGGAAGCAAAUCCGAAUAAACAUGGUGGAGGACUGAUGAAGCGAGUUGUUGAUAUUGUCGCCAAACAAUUGAAGGAAGGAUCAAUUUGGGGUCGCGGAACUUUGCAGGGCCAAGCAUUUAACCAUUUUCUUCGACAACUCGAAGCCGCUGACUGUGGUGGUGAAUGGCCGCAGGAGAAGAGAGAAAGCAUUCAGACUGCGCUUGGCGCAUGGACUGGACAUCGCUGGGAAGGAGCUCGAAUUGUUCGUUUGGUUGAACGUGCCACAAAACGUGCCACUCGUCGAUGGUAUCAAGACAGAUAUGUCAAGAAAAGGGAAUAUCCUCCUAGUUUUUAUCCUCGGCCUCAAUUUCCAAGCAGCCUGUCGGUACCAUCGGCACCUACCGUGUUACCGUUCCACACUUUCACUUGCCCAUUGUCUGCGAAAGAUAUACGGCAGAUUUCUCAACGAAACGCUCUCAGAAUUUCAGCCUCUACGCUGCGAUCUCCCUGGAUGCAAGGCUCUGUGUUUCCUCCCCCGUCUCCUCCAAGACCCCACCUCAAUAUUGGAUAUGUUUCUUCUGAUUUCAACAAUCAUCCAUUAGCACAUUUGAUGCAAUCUGUCUUUGGAUUCCACAAUCCGUCACGAGCAAAAGCCUUUUGCUAUGCCACAACUGCUAGCGAUACUUCCGUUCAUAGACAACAAAUAGAGCGCGAGGCACCUGUUUUUCGCGAUGUCAGCUCAUGGUCUGCUGAUCGAUUAGUGAACCAAAUUGUUCAGGAUAAUAUUCACAUUCUCGUGAAUCUCAACGGAUACACUCGAGGCGCUCGUAAUGAAGUAUUUGCUGCACGUCCAGCUCCUAUUCAGAUGUCUUUCAUGGGCUUUGCUGGAACCUUAGGGGCUGAGUGGUGUGACUAUCUUCUGGCAGAUGAGACUGCUAUUCCACAUGAAACGUUACGACCCUGGAGACGAAAUAUUGACUUGGAGGAUCAAGUUGAGGAUGAGCAGUAUAUCAAUGAUGAUCGUUGGGUUUAUUCAGAGAACAUUAUAUUCUGCAGGGAUACCUUCUUCUGCUGUGAUCAUGCUCAAUCGGAGCCAAGGGAUCAGCAAGCAACCUGGGAAGAAGAACAAACAACACGAUGGAAGAUGAGAAAGGAACUCUUUCCAAGUUUGUCUGACGAUGCUAUUAUUCUUGGGAAUUUCAAUCAACUUUACAAGAUUGAACCCACUACUUUCCGUACUUGGCUGAGGAUAUUGGAUAAAGUACCAAAAGCAAUUCUCUGGCUGUUGCGCUUUCCUGACUUAGGUGAAAGUAAUUUGAAAGCCACGGCACGAGAAUGGGCAGGAGAGGGUGUGGCUUCCAGAAUUUGGUUUACAGAUGUAGCGCCCAAACAUUUGCAUAUUUCCCGAGCACGAGUUUGCGAUUUGUUCCUCGAUACUCCAGAAUGUAAUGCGCAUACAACAGCAGCAGAUGUUCUUUGGUCAAGUACACCUCUUCUCACCUUACCACGCUACAAAUAUAAGAUGUGCUCUCGCAUGGCAGCCUCAAUUCUCAAAGGUGCAUUACCUCGAAGUGAAGAAGGUGAAAGGGCCGCUUCGGAACUCAUCGCAAAGGAUGAAGCACAAUACGAAGAAUUCGCGAUAAGACUCGCAAGAACCUUUCACUAUGAUACGACUUCGGGGUAUGGUGUAGGCAGAGGGAGAUUGGGAGAUCUCAGGAGAUUACUCUAUGAAAGUCGAUAUGAUUGUGCACUUUUUGAUACCAGGAGGUGGGUGAGGGAUUUGGAGGAGGCGUAUGAGAUUGCCUGGAAGAGGUGGGUGGAUGGUGAGGGAGGCGAUAUUUAUAUUCGUUGA